AUGGAGCACGGUUCCGAACAAACUGAUGGCCUCCUUCGACAACCCAGCUCACAUCUGUCGGACUACUCUCUCAACUCCAACUCUACACUAGUGACUUCUCCAUCCUCGCCACCUUUUCAUCGUCACGGUCAUCGACGAGCGACCUCGGUCGCUGACGAAGAUGCCUCAGACCAUAGAGCCGACGUACCACAGCAAGACGGCCAUGGGCUGGGCAUUUCGAGUCUCAACGAGCAGAAACGAGUGUCGAUCACUGGGAAACCUGUUGAAAGCAAAAGCAGCUCGAUAAAUCCUGGAUCCGCUGACCUGCUCUCACCAAUGUCGGCAUAUCGACCAGGGGAGGAUCGCCGUGACGAUGAGCAAGAUGAAAACCUCCACAGUGACUCCAACCUUUCAUCGCACCAAGCGUUCACGGCAAGUUCAGAUCACGAACCGCUCUAUAACGCCUUUCCUCGCUCCGAAGGGGACUUCGAAUGCAGACUGAAGAAACGUCCGGAGAGCCGCCGCGGCAGUUGGUUGGCAGUCUCGAUUUUGAUACUGUCAAUUUACUCAACAGUGUUCUCGGGUUUGUGGCUCUCGAUUGCGAUCAUAAGACCACGAUAUGGGCAUACUGUCUCAAAAACCGGCGGAUUGCCUUUUACAACUGCAUCUACUCUGUUUGCGGCUUUCGCGAAAACGAUUGAGUUGUCUUUCGUCACAGUGUUUGUCGCUUUCAUUGGGCAAGCCCUGAGUAAAAGAGCGCUCUUUCAACCAAAAGGCGUCACGAUUGCAGAGAUGUCCAUGAGAUCAUGGGUCAUGCAGCCUGGGACGAUGAUCAGCCAUUGGGGAUCUGUACGGUACGCCGGUGCUACAGGAUUAGGCGUUUUUGCUCUGCUAGUGGCUUUGAUGGCAAUGAUCUAUACGACAGCAUCAGACGCUCUAGUGACACCAGUACUAAAGUUUGGCCAGACUGAAAAUCGAUUAAUGUAUGGCAAAGUCUCAACGUCAUUUGCGAACAAAUACUAUAUCGAGGACAAGUGCAAUACGCCGAUUCAACAGGCAACGGACCCUGAAGCUUACGGCGAAACUUGCAUCCAAAUAGAGCAUGCGGGCCAAGCAUUCCAUAAUUAUAUGCAAUACUUGACAACUUGGGUGGAUAACAUCAGCUCGGGGAACACCUCGGCCAACAUGAAAAACCGGCCAGAUCCAGUGGGCAUGCUCUAUGACAAUACGACUCUGAAAGGAAGCUGGACACAUCUACAGGACAUGAGUCUUCUUUCGGAGCGUUACGGGAGAAUCGUAAACAAUGUCACUAUGGUAAUGCCGCAUGCUGGCGUUGUCGCAGCGGCGAUGGAUCCACUCAAUGGCAUUCUACAGCCAUCGGACCUCAACGGGCUCGGCACGUAUUCCGUUCAGGCUUCGGUUCCAUCGCCUGUUGUCAAUGUUCUUUGCGCAGAUGUAUCAAGCGAAGAUAUGGCUCCAAUGGUUUUUACUGAGUGGCCAUCAGCACACCUCAAUGGUAGCAGCCCGAACGUGACUAGUUGGACUACUGAUUAUAACCUCACGACUCCCAGCUCGCUGGUUCACACAGCUGUGGACGAUCUUUUUGAGUUCGACGACAUCCAGACUCAUCCGAUCUUCUCCAAUUUUCCGAAAUUAAACAACACUGUCCUCAAUGUCUCAAGUGUCUAUGGUCACGAAUCAAUUUAUCUGCUCGCUACUUCUGCAACCGGCACAUAUACAAUGUGCUCGAUGCGUGUGGCACAGUCACCAGAUUGCUUCACGGAAUACAAUGCCAGCAUGAGUGGAGGAUCCUUAACUUCGCACUGUGGCGAUCUCCCCCUUGCAUACAGUAAAUCGGAACCAAAAGCUCCCAACGGCUUCUGGGAGAAAGACUGGGUCAAUGUCGCCUCGGAAUGGGGCUUCGGAUUGAGCUUAAAUGCUGGUAUCACCGACGGAAACGGUGCCAUCUCUCGGCUCCUCACCCAGCUCAUACCCACGACGAGCGCGCUCGACCCCGAUCUUCCAUCGAUCUCUGAAGCGCUCGCCGUGCUAGCGGGCUGUACGCUUAUUCUCUCUUCCCAAGGUGCACCUUUCAUCCACUACUGGAACUACACGGCACCGGAAAAUAUCCUGACGGGUCCGCAGUAUCAAGCUUUCAACGCCACGCUCAAGACACAAGAGUACCAAUCUGGCGGAGAUCAAACCUGGCAGAGUAUGUUCUAUAUUGUGCUUGUCGUCGUCUUUGUCGCCAACGUCUUCUGCUUGGUAUAUUUCGUUAUCAGCGGCAGUCAUAUCACGGAUUUCAUGGAACCGCAGAAUAUGUUCCCUCUAUCCGUCAAUUCGCCACCUAGCGCGGUGGUCGACGGUAGCUGUGGAGGUAGCCUAGAGAAAGAGCAGUUCAGGGCAAUUUGGCGUAUCAUGCACGACAGUGAGCGGGAGCACUUAUACAUUGAAAGCAGAAAUGGUGUGCCAAAGCACGCGCACAAACGGAGCCAUUCGCGGCAGACAGAUUUCGAAAUGAAGAGUCCGAUAGAGAGUAUGUACAGCGAGCUUGGUCGGCAGAGGACAAGUCGGCUAUAA